GUCGGGCUACCACCUACUGCUUCUGGCCGAUCAACUUCUCAUCGUGCCAGCUCGUUCGAUUCAACGUGCGUCAAGCAGAACUUCACCUAUACCAGUUUUCGGACCAGUACGACGAGAUGGGCUCUGUUGACAACAUCGAGAGCGGCUCGAAGUCAAUCCAUGACUAUCACCAAGAGCCUAACAAAGGCCAAGUCGAGGUCGGUCGUCAGAACAUUCACGAGUCUAUUAGACCACACGAAAGCUACGAAGGUGGUCAUAGAUUUGACCCUUACGCGACAUGGACUGCUGAAGAAGAGAAGACGGUGGUCCGUAAGACCGAUCUCAAGCUUCUGAGCUGGCUAUGUGUUAUGUUUUUCGGACUUCAACUCGACCGUGGAAAUUUGUCUAACGCUUUGGCCGACAACCUUCUCAAAGACCUGAAUAUCACUUCUGACGAUUAUAACAAUGGAACAACAAUUCAGCUUUUAUGCUUCUUGGCAGCCGAGUUUCCUGUACAAUUCCUGACGAAGCGUUACGGUUUCAAAUAUGUCUUGCCAGUGAUGAUGAUCGCAUGGAGCAUGGUGUCUUGGGCACAAUGUUUCAUGGUCAACCGCGCCGGUUUCUAUGUCACCCGUGCAUUCAUCGGUCUUUGCGAGGGUGGUUUUAUUCCUGGUACUAUCCUCAUGGCCACCUACUUUUACACUAGCAAAGAGUUGUCGACUCGCCUGGCAGCUUUCUGGUCAACCUUGAAUAUUGCUCGUGUCAUCUCAGCCCUUCUUGCGGCUGGUAUACUCCAGAUGCGAAGUAUUGGUGGACACCCCGGCUGGUUCUGGCUUUUCCUCCUCGAGGGUCUUCUGACACUUAUCUUGGGUGUUGUCUCAAUCCUGUAUCUACCUUUGUCACCGACUCAGACCACGUCUGUUCUGUGUCGUACCCCAUGGUUCACCGAGAAGGAGGAGAUUAUCAUGAUCAAUCGUAUUCUGCGAGAUGAUCCGGCAAAGGGCCUGACUGCCGUCAAGGAGCCGGCUACAUGGAAGGAUAUUAAGGAAGCCUGGUCUGAUAAGUCUAUGUGGGGUCUUUACUUUGUCGGUCUUGUUGCCUACAUUCCAGCAACUCCCAUCCAGGCAUACCUUACUCUGACUCUCAAGCGCAUUGGAUUCACUACCUUCGCAUCCAACAUGCUCACUGCGCCAUCUGCUGGUCUGCAGAUCAUCACCAUGUUGGCGUUGGCAUGGAGCAGUAACUACUUUAACGAGCGAGCUUUCCACUGCUUCAUUGGCGAGUUCUGGCUCCUACCCAUUCUCACUGCGCUGCUCACCAUUCCGGACGGCGGUCGUGAUUGGGCACGUUUCUCACUCAUUACUCUGGCAUCAGGGUACCCGUACUUCCACCCACUUGUGUCGUCGUGGCUUUCCGAAAACUCUUUCGAUGUCAAGAAGCGAGCAAUUACUGCCGCAACGUACAACGUCAUCGUGCAGAUCGGUUCCCUCAUUGGUAGUCAGAUCUACCGUUCGUGGGAUGCACCCUACUACAAGACUGGUAACAAAGUAUGCAUUUCUAUCUGCGCCUUGAGCUUGGUUACAUUCAUCGCUCAGAGACAAUACCUGGACUACCUAAACAAGCAGAAGGAGAAGACUUGGAGCCAGAUGUCUUUGGAGGAUCAAGUCGCCUACCAGCAGGACCAGGAGGCUCGCGAGAAGGAUGGCAACAAACGUCUUGACUUCCGAUUUGCCUUAUAGUUUGAAAUCUACAGCUGGUGG